GUCGCAUCACAAGCAAUUGGAAAUGCGAUUCAUUCCACAAAUCGCAUAAGUCUAUAUUCUCAGGUACAAUUGGAUCUGACGCUUCUAUACACGAAAUCCGGCUUAUAUUAACCUAACCAAAUUUAAGUUGUUGACGAGAUAACAAUCGCACCAUGUCGCGGCCAGAGGACACACUGUCCGCCGACGUCCACUACAAUGACUCCGAAGCGCGGAAAUACACCACCUCCUCGCGGAUCCAAAACAUCCAAGCCUCGAUGACGAACCGCGCCCUCGAGCUCCUCGACCUAUCCUCGCCCUCGCUCAUCCUCGACGUCGGCUGCGGCAGCGGCCUAUCCGGCGAAAUCCUGUCCUCCACGCCCCCCGACGAGGGCGGACCGCACGUGUGGAUCGGCAUGGAUGUAUCGGCGUCGAUGCUGGACGUCGCGCUGCAGCGGGACGUGGAAGGCGACCUGCUGCUCGCGGACAUCGGACAAGGCGUCCCCUUCCGCGCCGGCACGUUCGACGCCGCGAUCAGCAUCAGCGCGAUUCAGUGGCUGUGCAAUGCCGAGAGCAGCGACGUGUCGCCGCAGGGGCGGCUAUCCAGGUUUUUUAAUGGUUUGUACGCGAGCUUGAAGAGGGGUGGCAGGGCUGUGUGCCAGUUCUACCCCAAGAACGACGAGCAGAAGAAGAUGAUCACCGGCGCGGCGGUGAAGGCGGGGUUCGGCGCCGGUCUGCUGGAAGAUGAUCCCGAGACGAAGAAUGUGAAGUUUUAUUUAGUACUGACGGUUGGUGGCGGGAAUCUAGAUGGGAAUGGAGGCGAUAUUACGGGCGUGGUUAGGGGCUUGGAUGGCGUGGAUGUGCUCGACUCGAUGCAUAGCAAUAAGAGUGGGAAGGGCGAGAUUAAGAAGGGGAGUAAAGCGUGGAUCGUCAAGAAGAAGGAGCAGAUGGAACGGAAAGGCAAGGUUGUUAAGGCGACGUCUAAGUACACGGGACGCAAGAGACGGGUUGCUUUCUAGAAUUAGAGCGAUACCCUUAUUGCAUUGCGCGGCGCUAUGGAGUUAUAAAUUUGGGAUUCAAUGAAAAAUUGCAUUCAGCUUUCUAACAUGUAUCUUUUCUUCCCGUUGAUAUCCUCAAUCUUUUAGUAGAGUUUCAUUCAUUAUUAACAUUCAACCCUUUAGUAAAGGGAAUAUUUCAUCACCCACGAAUAUCAAU